UUUGUCAAUAACACCGAAUCACCGAAAUGUACGACGUUUCAAAAAUGCAGAACACAGCAUCAUCUUUAUUCUCAGCUUACGCUUCACUAGCAGCAUCGAUGAUGUUGGUACGCACCAUUGCUAACGAAAUCAUCCCAAAAUCACUCCUCACAUAUAUCCAAUCAGCUAUUAGCUAUCUCUUCACUCCACUUUCAACCCAACUCACAAUCAUCGUUGACGAACAGUGUGGUAUGACCCGAAACCAAGUUUACGAGGCUGCUGAAAUUUACCUAAGGACAAAGAUCGGCCCAAAUGCUGACCGUGUCCGGGCCCAUAAAACACCUAAACAGAAAAACAUUAACGUGAGUAUAGAGAAAGAUGAAGAGAUCAGUGAUUUAUAUGGUGUUGUACAGUUGAAAUGGAGAUUGGUUUCUGUUGAGCCUCAAGAAAGAAGUGGGUAUAUCCCAGAAAAAAAGUUUUUUGAGCUGAGUUUUAAUAAGAAGUUUAAAGAAAGUGUUUUGAAUGAGUAUUUACCUUUUGUGUUGACUAAAGCUAAAGAGAUUCAAGAUAAUGAUAGGACUGUGAAAUUGUAUACAAGGGAUUGUCCUUGUAGUAGUGAUGAUGAUGGGUAUGGUUAUGGUGGUGGGGGUGGUGGGGUUUGGGGUUCAAUAAAUUUGGACCAUCCUGCUACUUUUCAUACUUUGGCUAUGGAACCUGAAAUGAAAAAGAUGAUAAUUGAGGAUCUUGAUAGGUUUGUGAAAAGGAGGGAUUUUUACAAGAAAGUUGGUAAGGCUUGGAAAAGAGGGUAUCUUUUGUAUGGACCUCCAGGAACUGGGAAAUCUAGUUUGAUUGCAGCCAUGGCUAACUACUUGAAGUUUGAUAUUUAUGAUUUGGAACUCACCAGUUUGUAUUCUAACUCGGAAUUAAGAAGGAUUUUGAUCUCUACCUCGAACCGAUCUAUUAUUGUGAUUGAAGAUAUUGAUUGUAGUGUGGAAAUGCACGAUCGAAAUCUUGGACAUCAACCCACUGACACUAAGAUAACGUUGUCAGGUUUGUUGAACUUCAUUGAUGGAUUGUGGUCCAAUUGUGGGGAUGAAAGAAUUAUUGUAUUCACAACCAACCAUAAAGAGAAGUUGGAUCCUGCACUAUUAAGACCUGGUCGAAUGGAUAUGCACAUUCAUAUGUCCUAUUGUACUUAUCAAAGUUUCAAGAUUCUGGCUUUCAACUACUUGGGUGUUUCUGAUCAUAGACUAUUUGGGGAGAUUGAAGGCCUAAUCAAGAAUGUAGAGGUCACCCCUGCAGAAGUUGCAGAGGAACUAAUGAGAAGUGAGGAUGCUGACGUUGCUCUUGAGGGAGUGUUUAAUUUACUCAAGCGAAAAGCCGAUGAAGCCAAUGAAAUCAAGGAGGAGAAGAGUCCUAGCACCCCUGAAGACGAUGAGAAGGACGAGAUUGAGGAAAAGGUUGAUGAUGGAGGUGGGAUUCAAGAAGCUAAAAGAUUGAGAACUGAAUUGUUGAUACACACUUUGAGAAACCAAAGGAGAGGAAGAAUGAGAAUAGGAAGAUCCGCUAGAGGACGAAGCGGGCGUUUGUAAGGAAAAGGAAGAUCGAAUGAUGUAGGUACCAUAUUAGUGCUAUUUUGUGAUGCUUAAUGUAUAAGAAGAUGCAUUGUCUUCUCGUUUUUUUGAUCAAAUAGAGGUUGAUCAAAUAGAAGUGCACGGUGACGACUAACGAUUAAAUAAAUUACUCAACUUUCGAGACUUAGACAACUGCAAUGCAGAUGUUAUUGUAACAAGUUCUCAGGAGCUUUCAUGGUUCUAAUGUUAUCUUAGUACAGUAUUAGCAUUUCAUGAAUCGAUUGAAGUACUUAAUA